CACCACAGGGUGUCACAUCAGAACUGGUGGUGGUGCUGAAGAGAUCAACACUGUUCAGGUUCAGAUAUGCACCGACCAGAACAUCUAAGCAGACCUUCCAAAAUACCAGCUUUUCUCUGGACCAAAGAGACAUGAGAGCAAAGCAACAGAAGAUUUGGAUGAGCAAACAGAACAGAAGUGGACAAUGGAAAACUGUAAGCAAUUAGAAGAUGAACAAACCAUAGUGGACAUGAAAACCAAAAUGGAGAUUAUUAAAAGACAAAGACAAUUGACAUUGGAAGUAAUGGGGAAGAUUGAACAACUUUGGGAAGAGGCACAAAGAGAAAUAAAUGAAACUGACUACCUGGAGAAAAAAGCAGAGCAGCAACAGGAGGACAUCGUCAGACUGAGAACUGAAAAUCAAAAGCAGCAUAUAUUCAUAAAUAAACUGAGAUCACAGAUAGAAAAUCAUUUUGAGAAACUUGAAGAGGAUAAAAAUGAAGCGGCUCAAGAAAAAUUGCUACUUCUUAAAAUGAGAACUGAAAUAUAUAGAGAAAAAGAGACCCUGGAAAAAAGACGUAAUGAGCUCAUCAAUGAGCGACAUGAGUUAGAAAUGAUCAAGGGUGAUAAGACAACACAACAAAGUAUUGAUCUAAAAGAAGCCAUGGAACAGAUAGAAAGGAAGCAGGAGAUAACAGACAGUCUGCUCAGCCUCAUCAACAAAAAUAACAAAGUAAUGCUUGAAACAAAGCAGGAAAAAGAACAUAUGGAGAACAUCAUUUCAGACAUAAAGCAAGAGUUGAUUAUUAUUAAAAAAUAAUAAUUCUCAUCAACUUGAGCACAUCAAACAUAAUAUACAUUUGAAAAUGAACACGAUGAAGAGAAGGUGGGCAGACAUUCAAAGAACUGAGAGAGUUGAGCUGCAGGAAGCCACAGUCCCAGAGAUGAGGCACAAAGAAGGAAGACACACAUUUGGCAUUGUGAAGAUUCACCUCUGCAGAUUCCAGAAGGAGAUGAAGAAGCUUUCGGAUGAGCUGGAGGUGACUUUAACAGAGGAGCAGGAGCUGAAGACAGAGAGCAGUCAAAUGGCAAACAUUCCAUGUGACAAGUUGGCAUGGGCCAAAUCUGAAAAGGAUGAUAUUGAUCAAAUCAAGACUAACAUACAAACUGAGAGAGAGGACAUUGAGAGAGAGAGGCAGAUAGCUAGAGCCGAAAUGAUUGCAUUGACGUGUGUGAGGGAGAGUACUGAAAGGCAAAUGCAGGAGCUGGAUGACAAGUUACAAAGGACAAAGAAAGAAAUAAGAGAGAAGGAAGAGUUGAACACUGAGAUUGAAAUAAAGAAAAAGGAGCUAGUAAAAAGGAUAAGAAUGAGCAAGAGAUAAUAAAGAGUUCAGCAGCAUGAUGGAAGAGGCUGAGCCUGCUAAACAAGACAUGCAGGAAGGACAAUAUAAGACUAAGGAGCAGGUGAACGUGGAGGACACAUCUGAUGAGCAGAAGAAACAACUUCCUCUGGCUGACAGAACCACAGACAUAACACAGGAAGUGAAUACUGACAUGAAGAGAGUGAUUCUUGAAGGAGAAGAAAUCAGAAAGAGGCUGUGUGGGGUAAGAGAAGAUACAGAGCGAAGCAGGGCAGACUCUACAGAAGAGAGGAAAAUCCAAUGGAUGCAUUUUCAAUAAAAAACAAAAACAAAGACAGCUUGACCAACAGCUGGAGAAGACAAAUAAAGAAAGAGAUGAGCUGGAUGUCACGAAGAUAAAGAUACAGAAACUCAGAGAAGAGGUUGAACAAAAACUAAAAGAUACAAUAACUGCAUUUCUGAAUAUUGAUGAAAUAAAAGCUAGCAUUGAAAAAGCUACUACAGAGAUGAAGAAAACCAGGGAGGAGAUGCUCAAAGUCCAAAGGGAGAUGGAUCAGAACAACAAGUUUAGGGAUAUGAUGACUUCCAUAAAAGUUCAGGUGAGCAAAUCUACCAAAGACGCCUUUUCAGGCCAAAACACAGCCUCUAUCAAGGAUCAAACUUUUGAAAUUCUAUCGGACAGAGACGGCAUGGAAGAUGCAAUUACAAAAUAAACGAUAUCUUUGCAACAAUCUAAAACAUUUGCAGACCGGCAUCUAAUUGAGGAUAUAAAGAAGCAGAUGCAGACAGAACUUCAAGAAAAAACAAUAAUGGAUGAAGAAAAGACAAAACUUGCAAUACGUGUAGGAAACGAAAGGGAAGUGAAGAACCAGAUGUGCAAACUCAAGAAUAGAGAGGAGGAAAUAAGGGAGCAAAUAAAGUUUGCUAUGGAAAACAUGGAGGAAGAAAGUCAAGAGAUUAAAAAGCUUAUUAUAUAUAUAAAUGACCUGCAGAGCCAGAAACCAGAGACUGAAAAUUGGUUACGAAUUACAGGCAGGGAAAGCACCACAGAUGAGAUCGUCAAAUUUGAAGUAAAAGUUCAAAAACAGGAGAACGGCAAAGGGGUGGAAAAAGAAGUUGUUAAUAAUGUUCAUGAGCAAAAACAAAGUCUGGAUUCAACACAAUAUAUGCAGACCAAUACUGAUAAGAUAAAGGAAGGGUUUGGUACAAAGGACACAGGAAGUGAUGAUAUUCAAAGAUUUAUAAAACACAAAAAAACAUUAGACUAGUUAACCUAGAUCUUGACAACCAAGCUGAAGAAAGCCAUAUCAACCAAGAUCAUAAGGAUAAAGACGGCACAAUUGAAGGAUUGCUACAAGAACUGAAAAGAUUCCAAGAGCUUUUAAAAAUGGUACAAAUAGCAAUAAGGCAAAGAGAAAUGCAUCUGAAAGAAGAAAUCAGCAACAUGAAAUCAAGGAAAACUACAGCAAAAAUACAGGAAAGAAAACUGGAUCAGAGGUUAGAGAAAAUGAUGAGAGACCGAGAUGAAUUUGAAGUUUUAAAAAUAAAAACACAGAAACAAACUGAAGUUAGAAGAAAACUAGCUAAAGUUAAGGGCACCAUAGAGAAAGUCGCAGCUAGGACUAGACAGAAAAGUCAGGACAUAGAUAUUGUUAGGAAGGAGACAUGCUUUCAACACUGAAUUCAGGCAGCAAGAGGACAGAGAAUUUCCCUUGGAAAGUAUUGAGACACUGAAGGGAGACAAAAAUAAACAUGACAGAAUGGAAACAGACACACACAUGGACAACAUGCCAGAGAAAAUAAUGGGUAAGGAUAUUGAGGAAAUGAAACAUGACAUCAUUAGACUUAUAUCAGAACAGGAGAAACGUGAGAAAGAAAUGAAACUGACACUGGAUCAGAAAAACUGUGAAAUUGAAAAACUGAAAGAGUCUGUAACUGAACAAGUGAAACUAGAGACUGAAAGUAAAGAGAUUGAGAUCCUCAAACAACGGAUUCAAGUUGAGAGGGAGAGUGUGAUAAUAGAAAGAGAGCAAGCUGAGGCAGAAUCAUAUGAAAUUAACUGUUUAAGGGAGAGUAUAAAAAGAGAGAAACAGAAGCUUGUUGACAGAACAAAAACUACCAAAAGAGAAAUAAGAGAAAUGGAGAUUCUGAGGUCAGAGCUGGAAAUAAAGAAAAAAGAAAGUGACCAGAUAUUUAGAAGAAAUAUGCAGAAAAAGUGGAAUCUCAUACAAAGAGAAAAGGGAGAAUUGAGAAGAGAGACCAAAAAGAUGAGAAGAGAAUUAGACCAAAGACUGGAAGAAAUCAAGAGAGAGAGGUAUGAGUCAGAAAUAUUCUGGAUAAAACUGCAACGGCAGAAGGAUGAGAUGGCUGAGGAAAAGCAGAGAGUCAAAGAACAAACCACUGAUAAAGGAAAAGUAGAGAGUCAAAGAACAAACCACUGAUAAAGGAAAAGCAGAGAGUCAAAGAACAAACCACUGAUAAAGGAAAAGCAGAGAGUCAAAGAACAAACCACUGAUAAAGGAAAAGCAGAAAGUCAAAGAACAAACCACUGAUAAAGGAAAAGCAGAGAGUCAAAGAACAAACCACUGAUAAAGGAAAAGCAGAGAGUCAAAGAACAAACCACUGAUAAAGGAAAAGCAGAGAGUCAAAGAACAAACCACUGAUAAAGGAAAAGCAGAGAGUCAAAGAACAAACCACUGAUAAAGGAAAAGCAGAGAGUCAAAGAACAAACCACUGAUAAAGGAAAAGCAGAGAUGGAUGAAAUGGUCAGCAUGAAAGACAGUAUCCAAAAACAAAAAGAGGGGCUUGAAAUCCGACUAGAAGAAGUUAAGAGAGAAAAAAGGGAGGUUGAAGCGUUGAAGUGUGAGUUGGAGAACAAAAUAACUGAAAAUCAACAGAUGAUUCGACGAAGCAUUCAAAAAGAGCAGGAUGUAAAAAAUGUGUUGGCUCAGCUCGAAGAAGAAAAACAUGCUUUCAAGAGGGAGGUACAGAAGAGGAGAAAAGAGCUUGACCAGCGAUUGGAGAGAAUACACAGAAAGAGGGAUGAACUGGAGAUCAUGCAACUGAAGCUGCAGAGAGAAAGCGAACAGAGCAAAGGUGGAGCUGUAGUCUCCAGCAUGGCCACAGCACCACAAGUUCAAAAUUCAAUUCAAAAGCACUGGGAGCUAAUUCAGAAAAGUAUUGAGAAAAAACUGAUUGAAGAAUGGAAUGGAGAAGUGACAGAUGAAAACCAGCACAUAGUGGACCAGGCGGAAAAAAACAUAACCCAGAGAAGAGAAGACGUAGGAAAUAUCAAGAUUGGGAUUAAAAGACAGAAAAAAAGAAUAUGUGCUUUAAAGAGCAUGAAAAAAAAGCAAAGACAUUUGGAGCAGGAGGAGGUGAGUAUCAUACAAGAGAGAAAGGAAGAGCUAGGGGAAGAGGAUCUCAGAACUGAGGCAUUGAUGGUCAAAGAUGAAGGCCAGAGAGAGAAAAAAAAAAGAGAGAAAUUAAAAGGCCGAAUAAUGAUAUUGUAAAUCAGAAAAGACAAAAAAUCCCGAAAACUUCAAAUCUUCAAAAGGAACAAAUUGAGCCGGAAAAGAAAAAAUAACUGGAAUUGGAUGAAGAGGGGAACAAUUGUGCAAAUGAAAUCGAGCUUCUAAAAAAACAAGCACUGAUAAGAAAUUCAAAUAUGGAGGGUGAAAAUGUGACAAAGCAGAGUAAUCUAAACCUUGCUGAAAAACAUUUAGAUUAAAAAAAACUAGAUGAAGAGCUGAAGAAAGAAAGAGAGGACCUGGAUAGAGAGAGUGAGGUGAUGAACAAAGAGAACCUGGACUUUGAUUUGAUCAGGUCGGACAUCCUGAAACAAAGGGACAUGUUGGAACAACAGAGACAAGAUAUUAAAGAAGAAACAGAGACAUUUGAAAUCACAAAGACUGAUCUUCAAGUGUUGAAAGAACAUGAACGAAUUCAGUUUGAUGAGAUUAACAAAGAGAAAGAACUACUGGCUCAAAUCAAGACAACCAUUGAGAGUGAGAUGGAAUUGUUAAGUGAAAAAAGGAGGAUGGAAGGAGAACUUUCUGAUACGAAAACAAAAGAGGACUGGCUUAUCAGGUCCGUAGGAGGUAUAAGAGUACAACUCAAACACCUUAAUCAAGUGAGCAAUGAAGUCUUUACAAAGAAUAUUGAGGUGUUAGGGCAGAAAUAUAUUGACAUGCUCCAAUUAAACUUACUAUUGGAACACAAGUUUAAGGAAUUUGAUAAAAAGAGAAAGGAGAUUACUAAUUAUUAUGAUCUGAUACAAACAGAUAAAAACAACAUUGUGAAAGUGAAAUUUGACAAGGUUGUACAAACAGAGGUGGCAUGGCAAAAAUUGCAUGAGCAAGAGCCAUGUGUUGAGAAACAGGUUUUGAAUAAACGUGAAGACUUUAAAUGUCAUGUUGUUAUGCAGCCAGAUUUCACAAUCCAGACUGAAACAAUUGAUCAGCAGAAGUUCAAAGGAGAUAAACAUGAUCUUAAAAUAAAAAAUAAAUACUUGAAAACGGAUAUCGAUGUUCUAGUGAUGGAUAAAGAAUAUGAAAAAAAUAAACAACUAUCAGCUUCAGAACAAGAUUAUUUUACAGACAAGAAAAGAUCAAAAAGGGAUUGUUUGCGAAAGAUCUGGAAGGACACUAAAAUGGAACGAAAGGAGAUCUAUCAAAUGAAGAUCAUGAGCCAUGAAAUGAGAAAUAACCUAGAGAAAAGACUAAAGUUGAUCAACGAGUUUGUGAGGAGGCCAUGGUUACAAGAAAAUGAAUCAUUGGAGAAGGAGCUCAAACAAGAACUAGGUAAGGACAUGACAUCCCAAAGUGACUGGAAGAUAGACCGCACAAUGCUUGAUUUAAGACACACACAGCUCCAACAACUUAAAGCUCAAAAGCUCACUAAAAUUGUCAAACUCUCUGACAAAGAAAAAGUGUUGAGGCCAAAGAGAACUACCAACAAUGAUCAAACAUUAAAGGUCAAUGUAACCACAGAGGACGUACAGGUAAAAAAAGGAGAAGCUUCUGCAACAAUGUAUAAAGAACAGACAAAAGUAGGAGAGAAGAAGGCAGCUCCAGAGACUUCCAGUGGACUCCUCAGUCAGCUGCAGCAAUACUACCGAUGCUGCUGCCACUGCUGCUGCAAGCAAGUCUGCCAGGAGUAACACUGAGAGACACGUCUGUGUUUCUGUCAUGAUAACUUAAAUGUAGAUAGCAUGAUAUAUUAUUUAUACUUUUCUUACUUUUGCCGUAACACAAGGAUGAAACCUGAAUAUUUGUUACAUUGGCUGCCAGCAGUUCUGGUCUAGCAGUCCAGAUAGAGAAGACAUUGAAAAUGACGGCUUGACGUUUCCAUAUAUAUAACAAUGACUUAAGCGAGAUUAAACUACUCGUUCAACCCUUUUAAAACCAUUAUAUACACCAGGGGUACUCAAAUACAAAUCUUAAAGGUCCAAAAUAAAUGUUUCAAUAAGACAAAGGUCCGUUUAUUACGGUCAUUCAAACUUUUAAACAAUUGUAACAAGAUUCUUAACACGAGGUUGCAAAAACUAAAAUAAUCUGUAU